UCUGCAGCCGAGCGGCACUGAAGAAGCUGCAGGAUCGCCGAGCCAAGGCAGCUGAUGUCGGCAGGCGUUCGUGCAGAGGCUACUGAUUAUUGCAAAAUCUAGACGUGCUUGACACUAAUUACCAGGAGGAAGAAUCCGUGGCCCUGGAAAUAUACCGUGCAUACCUGUGUGGGACUUUAAUGCAUGCAUAUUAGAACUGGUCGUGGUGCCCGGAAAAGAUUUCUUACGCUGAGACCUACUGGGAUAACAAACUUGGAUUCCUUUUGAAUGCACAGUAGGAAAGACAUGGAAUAGAAAAGGGUACAGGAGUUUAAUGAUCCAGAAAACGGCGGAUUUCAGCUAAAACGCGAAGAACUGCUCCAGUUCCCACAACGCAGACUUUAAAAUCAAGACCCCUUAAGAUGUCUGUCCCAGUGUUCUGUAGAAUGUUCGACUGCUUGCAGGGAGCCUUGUCAGAGAAUAUCCUGGCCAAGGCCCUCUACGAUAAUUCGGCAGAGUCCCCGGAUGAGCUCUCCUUCCGCAAGGGCGACAUCCUCACUGUGCUGGAGCGCAACACGCAGGGGUUGGAUGGCUGGUGGUUCUGCUCACUGCAUGGACGCCAGGGCAUUGUGCCUGGCAACCGCCUCAAGGUUCUGGUGGGCAUGUACGACAAGCAGCAGCAGUCCCCGCCCACUGUGAGCCCAAACCAGCUGCCCAUCCCCCACAAUGCCUUCAGCAAGCCCCACCCAUCAUCCCAGUACACAGCUAUGCACCCUGUCCCCUGCACUCCAAGCACAGCUUCCGUCUCCACCCCACAGGACAACGUCUACAUGCUACCACCCAGCCACAGCAAGUCUGCCUCACAAGGCCUGUAUCAGGGUCCCACCUCUGGACAGGACAUCUACCAGGUGCCACAGAUCUCCAGGAGCUCCCCGCAAGAUGUCUACCAGGUGCCCAUGAGUGUAGGGGGACCGGGUCUGACUCAGGAUGUCUACCAGGUACCCUCCUACAUGAAUCUGACUCAGGACAUUUACCAGAUACCCUCCACCAUUGAGAGCAGGACCUGGAAUUUACCAAUUCCUCCAGGAAAGGUGGUGGUCCCCACACGGGUGGGAGAAGUCUACGUGUAUGACACGGGGAAGGUGGAGCAGGAUGAGUAUGAUGUUCCACGGCACUUGUCCACAUCCCGUGACAUCUACGACGUGCCACCAACACGGAAUCAGCAACAGCAGCAGGUAUAUGACACCCCCCCCAUGGCAGUGAAAGGUCCCCCCAGGUGGGAUAGCAGCCAGGACACCUAUGACACACCCCCUAGUGUGGACAAGAGCCACUUGCUCUCCCAAAAAACGGUGUAUGAUAUCCCUCCUACUGUCAGCAAAGAUGUCUCUGAAGGCCCCGACAGUGAGGAAACUUAUGAUGUACCGCCCAACUUUGCCAAAGUCAAGAAGGACCUAGAGGACAAGCUGGCCUUGUCUCAGAGUCCUAGAGCAGAUGCUGAGGAGGUAUACGAUGUCCCGCCCCCGUCAGUGGCGGUGAAACGCGUCAUGGAAUUCAGCGCCCCCUUUGGCCAGGAGGUGUAUGACGUCCCCACCAGCCGGAGGCAGACCGAAGCAGCGCAACUGGCCACAGAUGUUUAUGAUUUCCCUCGUGAGCGCGCGGCUGUAGGCGAGGAUGGUGGAGACUAUGUUUACGAUGUUCCACCGCAAGUGGUCCGUGACGUGGCCCCGGGCCCCUCGGAUGAGCCGUGCGUCGGCUCCAACAGGCUGUCUGGCUCCAGCACGGGCAGCGCACGCAGCACUGUGUCGGGCAGCUCCCUGGACACGGUCCCCGUCAAGGAGCCCGCCGACGCCCGGCUCGACCUGGAGCUGGAGCCCGCCAUGGAACGGCUGGCCCGCUUGCAGCAGGCAGUGGAAGGCUCCGUGUCCCUGCUGGUGGUGUUGGUGAGCGCAGGUUGGCGAGGGGCCGAACGCACGGAGGCGGGGUUGGUGGGGGCGCGGCAGGCAGCGGAACGGGCUCGGACCACCAUGCGGGAGUUGCUGGAGUUCGCCCGCGGAGCUGUGGCUAAUUCCGCCCAAGCACCCGACCGCACGCUUCAGGCCAAAUUGAGCAAGCAGGUGCAGAAGAUAGAGGAGGGGUACCAGGGCCUGGUGAUGCACAGUCAGGUGCUGGACCGCGUGGGACUGGCCCUGACCUCACCACCUGCCCCCAGCGCUGCCGGUGCCGAGGACCUAGACCACUUGGCGGCCUGUCUGAGGAGUCUGCCGGACGACACCAAGCAGCUGGCAUCCUUCCUACACGGCAACGCUGCAUUGCUUUUCCGGCGGACCAAGCAGCGGCCGCCACCUGCAGACCCACUGGGUCAGCUGAACCCAGGCAACAGCAUUGCGGCCGGUCAGAUGGGCGGGCCAGAGCGGACCAACAUCCAGUCACGCCCCCUACCGUCCCCACCCAAGUUCGCAAACGAGGAGGAGAGACUGGACAGACUACUGCCCACUAAUGAUGACAGGAUAGAAGACUAUGACUAUGUCCACCUGCAGGGAAAGGAGGAGUUUGAGAAGAGCCAAAGGCAGCAGUCAGAAAAAGGAAACAGCAUUUGGAAUAACAAAAGUCAGCUGGAGCAGCAGCAGUUGAAGCAGUAUGAGCAACUGGAGCAGGAAGUGACUCAGCCAAUCAACAGCGACCUGAGCAGCUGGACUCCGCCCAGCCAAUGCCCGCCCACACGGAGCAAGCUGUGCAUGGGUGACCGCCAGCUGCUGCUCUUCUACCUGGAGCAGUGUGAGUCCAACGUGACUGCCCUGACCAGCGCUGUGGACACCUUCUUCUCCUCUAUCAGUGGCAACCAGCCCCCCAAGAUCUUCGUGGCACACAGUAAGUUCGUCAUCCUGAGCGCGCACAAGCUGGUCUUCAUCGGCGACACGCUGUCGCGGCAGGCCAAGUCCCCCGAGAUCCGUGCCCACGCCGCGCAUCACAGUGCCGCGCUCUGCGAGCGCCUGAAGGACAUUGUGACGAGCACCAAGACUGCAGCCCUACAGUACCCAUCUCCCAGUGCUGCUCGGGACACCAUGGAACGGGUAGGAGAGCUAGCUGCCUGCACACAGCAGUUCUGCCUGGUCCUGGGUCAGUUGGCCACCAUGUGAAUGGGGCACAACACCCCAGCCCAUCCCCAAACCAAGGGUGUGCCCUCCAUCUGUUGGACACAGGAACAUGCCCCCUGUGGGCAGGACCCCGACAGGACGUACACAGAGACCUUCUCAGGUGCUGCCCUGGAGAACAGGAUAUACAAAGAGGUACUUGCAGGACCGUCCCCUAGAGGACAGAAUGCACAAGGAGGUCCUCACAGAGAGCUCCUAGAAGACCGGAUGUACAUAGAGCCCCUCACCGGCACGCCCCCCAGAGGACAACAAAAGGAAUUCGAAAGAAGUGUUUUUAUUUUAAAAAGGAAAAAAUGGGUGAACAUUGCCAGUGGUUGUAAUAUAAUCUUUAUAAAUAUCUUUCUUUUAAAAAAUGAACUAACCUAUAUGUUUUGGAAAACCGGAUUUCAGCAACGAAAUUAUUAGAUUAUACAGUUUUAUUAUUAUUAUGAUAGCUACACUUUUAUCAUUAAAAUGAUGAUUUGUAUCAUUAUUGUAGGACUUGAAACUCAAGGGUCAGUGAAAUGUAAGCAUAUGUUCAGCGAACUCAUCCGAAGCCAGUUUCUUGCUACAUUUUGGGCAGAUACAUUUUUCAAAUGUGCAUUUUUGUAUGGAAAAUGGAUGCAGACAAAAACAAACGAGUUCAUCUCCUGCGGUGAGGUGAGACUGACAUCAAGAUAAGACUUAAUUCAUAAUAAUUUUUAAAGGGAGUUUGUGCUAGUUAAAGUGCCACAGUUAGGAAGAAUUCUUAGUCUUUGUCCAGAUGGCAAUGUUCAGAAUGGAAUGUAUGGUCCCAGUAACACUGUACAACAAUAUUACAAUGCAAACGGCUUUCACAGUAACAAGAGUCAGAAUGCUUAAUGACAUUUCAAGAUGAUCCCUUAGAACAGUCAUCGGGCGUUCUCCCUCCCCUCGCCUCCCUCCCCCCCACCCCAUCAGACUUUUUCCUGCUCUUCUGAAUGGUUAAUAUAAUCUUGCGUGUUAGCCUGUGUUUCAGGUUGCCAUACUGUUCCCAAAUUUGGACAGAACUCUCCUGAGUGGUAAGCGUGCUCAUGAGACAUUGCAAAACCCUCAGUCUGCCUGCCCCUUGCUGGCCGAGGGGGGUGGGGGGGGGGGGGGGGGGGGGCUUUUACAGGGAGUUGGCAUAAGGCAGGUUUGUGUUUCUGUAUGUGCACUCAGUUGAAAUAUUUAUAUUUCAGUUUCACAAAAAAUAAUACAUCUGAAACAAAAUAACAGACAUAUAGAGAUGUAUUCAAAAUAACAUUGCCUGGUUUUGUUAAAUUUCCUGAUUGGUCACGUGCAGAAGCAAGGCGAUGCUAUUUUAUAUCUAUAUUGACUGGAAUAAGUCAGGGAGCAAAUGUGACAGGAUACACACAGGCACUCGCUGGAGGCUGAACACGGCAAACCGAAUCUGAAAGUAAGCCGUGGCAGGUGGACAGGAUGUGUGCACAUUUAAACACACGUUGUCACUGCACCAGUGAGUCACAGGUAACAGUGUGACAGAUUGAAAACACAGGCAGAACAUGAAGAACACGUCAGAAAGUGUUUGCAAUACCGGAUUAAAACAUGCUAUGAAAGAGGUUCCGGCUCUUUGGAGAGGCUGUGAUGCAGGACAUGUGCUCCAAAUGGCAUUACAGGAUACAUUUCUAGUACAGGUGCCUACAUUCUAAUACAGGCGCUUCAUUUUUUAAAUAUGGUUAUCAAAAUAGUGUACAGUACAGAAUUGAAAAAUAUAUGCUGAAUAUAUUUUGAUUAAAGAAAAAGCAAUGAUUACAUACAGUGAACAAUGAACAUACAGACUUUCUGCAUGGACAGGUUCAUGUGACUUAUUUCCACCAGCGUUGGGAAAGCAACUGAAAACUAUGUAUGUCUGUGGUUUUGUGGGUCAUGUGAUGUCUGAGCAUUUCCCGGUUUGGUCUGGUCUCAUUUGGUAUUUGUUGCAAUAUCAGGACUUCUUUUUUGUGACAUACUUUUUACUGAACAUGAAAGCGAAAAUGUUUUUAAUUCUUCCCAUGAAAUAACGUCAGUCGUUCAAAGUUACAAUAAAGUGAAGAUGCUUUUUCCCAGGACCCAAGAUUAUGUGCUAACUAUGGGUUGAAAAUUGUUCAAACCAGAAAUACUCACAAAAUAUUAAAACCCCAUUUCCAGA